UUUAUUUUCAAUUUUGAAUAAAAUUAAAUGAAAAUGGGAAAAUAGUGGACGCUUCUUCCUCAAACACGACGGCCAGCUUGAGCUGCCGUUUAAGAUUUGCGCUCUCCCAUUUUGAAAUUCAAGCUUUGUUAAUCUCUCCUCCGCCGCGCACAGUUUUGUUCAUUCAUCGCCCACUCUUUUGAUUAGGUACAUACAUCACCAACCACCACUCUCGCCUUUGGCGCAAACUGGAAGCUGCAAAGGAGGAAUUUUUGAGUGGAUGCAAUUAACAUUUGAACUUGGCAUUGUGAUAAAUGUGGCUGAAUAGCGUCACAGUUUCCGACUUUAUUUGAACACUGCUUAUCGAUGGGGGAGUGGGUUGUUGGAGCGUUCAUCAACCUUUUCGGCAGCAUUGCAAUCAACUUUGGGACUAAUCUCCUUAAAUUGGGUCAUGAUGAGAGAGAAAGACAUUCUAGUAUUGCCAAUGAUGGGACAAAUGGGAAAGCUUUUACAAAGCAUAUUAUACACUUCCAGACAUGGAGAAUCGGGAUUAUCUUUUUUAUUCUUGGAAACUCUCUUAAUUUCAUUUCAUUUGGCUAUGCCGCUCAGGUGAGUAUCAUAAAUCAAGCUACUGCAGAGAAGUAUGGCAAUAACACUUUCCUGAUAUAUUGUCUGAUUCUGGUUAUAGUUGUUCUCUUGAGUCACUCAAUGUACAGGAGAGGAGAACUGAUGUUUGCUAUGCCAGAGCAUGAAAUCAAACCCUACUGGCAAAUGCUUCUUCCACUUUCUUAUGCUCUUGUUUCAGGUGCUAUUGGAUCAUGUUCAGUACUGUUUGCUAAGUCUCUAUCAAAUCUUCUAAGGUUGUCCAUGUCAAAUGGGUAUCCGUUGCAUAGUUGGUUCACAUACUCCAUGCUACUUUUGUUCUUUAGUACAGCUGGAUUUUGGAUGGCAAGACUAAAUGAAGGGUUGUCUCUGUUUGAUGCUAUACUCAUUGUCCCUAUGUUUCAGAUAGUUUGGACAUUUUUCUCCAUUUGUACAGGAUUUGUAUACUUUCAAGAAUAUCAGGUAUUUGAUUCAUUGCGGACAACAAUGUUUAUACUAGGAAUGGUUUCUGUAUUCAUAGGCAUUUCUUUGCUGGCACCUGAUGAAGUAAAAGGCGGGGAUAUCAAAGAUACACCUCUGGUCUCUGUAACUGCCGCUCAUUCAAAUGAUGCAGACAGAUUUGCUGCGCCC